AUGUCGACCCCAGAAUCCGCUGCCUUCCUGGCUAAGAAGCCUACCGUUAAGCCUACCUUCGAAGGGGUCGACUAUGACGAUAACAAGGCCCUCAGAGACGCGCAGGACGCCAUUAUCCGCGAGCAGUGGGUCAAGCUCAUGAUGUCUAGACUGGUCCAGGAGGAGCUGUCGAAGUGCUAUAGAAAGAAUGGAAACAAUCACCUUGAGAAGUGUGGUCUCUUAAGAGAGCGAUACCUCGAAUUAAUGCCCUAUACGAAGAUCAGAGGCUUCAAAUUUGAACAGACAGUACUGCCGCCGAAAAAGCCUGAAUAA